CUUUGCUAUUUUCUUUGUUAUCUGUAGUUUAUGUGACAGGUGACAAGGCAGGCAGGCAGACAGUGAAUUGAUUUUUCGAAAAUGUCGCUGACAGACAAGAUUACGAUGCUUAUGGCCCGGCCGGGCGGCGACAACAUCCAGAAGGACGAUGUUUCGUGGUGGAUGCGCUACGCUGGACGAGGCUUGGGAACAGUUGGCAGUUUCAUCGCAAUAAUCCUCGGCCUAUUCAACUGCCUGGGCAUCAUCCUCCUCGAUGUCCAGUGCCUCAUCGCUGGCAUCUGGCAGAUGCUAGCCGGCUUCAUAGUCAUAGUUUGCGGCCCGUGUUGCUGCUUCUUCAUCGACUAUGUGCAGACGCUGUCCGAUAAGGUUGAGUCACGACCUUACUGGCAGAAGGCGGCCGCUUAUGUUGGGCUGGCCCUCCCCCCGUUCUUCCUGUGCUUCCUGAGCCUGAGCACCUGGUUCGGCUCGGGGUUGAUCUUCGCCACCGGCGUCAUCUACGGAAUGAUGGCGCUCGGCAAGAAGGCGUCAGCGGACGAGAUGCGGACGUCGGCCGCCACCAUCGAGUCCGGGCUGCCCACGGCGCCGCGCGCCGGCCUCGUCUCCAACGAGCAGCCAGUCUCCUUCACCGGCGUGCCCGGCCACUGAUCUCCGCUCAUCCCAUGCUACCCUGGUACUUUAAGGUGAUCUCAGCUACUGUUUGUUAGCGCUCAUGUCUGUUUUCACUGAUGGGAUUUCACUACCUAGACAUGUUCGGGGAAUCACUUACAUAGCGAUAACAUUUACAUACUACGCUACUGCUGAGAUUCCACUAGAGAUGUACAGUCAGAUUAUCGGAGCCAGUCAGGCCUUUCGUCACCAACGAGCAGCCCGUCUCCUUCACCGGCGUGCCCGGCCACUGAUCUCCGCUCAUCCCAUGCUACCCUGGUACUUUAAGGUGAUCUCAGCUACUGUUUGUUAGCGCUCAUGUCUGUUUUCACUGAUGGGAUUUCACUACCUAGACAUGUUCGGGGAAUCACGUACAUAGCGAUAACAUUUACAUACUAACUGCUGAGAUUCCACUAGAGAUGUACAGUCAGAUUAUCGGAGCCAGUCAGGCCUUUCGUCACCAACGAGCAGCCCGUCUCCUUCACCGGCGUGCCCGGCCACUGAUCUCCGCUCAUCCCAUGCUACCCUGGUACUUUAAGGUGAUCUCAGCUACUGUUUGUUAGCGCUCAUGUCUGUUUUCACUGAUGGGAUUUCACUACCUAGACAUGUUCGGGGAAUCACUUACAUAGCGAUAACAUUUACAUACUACGCUACUGCUGAGAUUCCACUAGAGAUGUACAGUCAGAUUAUCGGAGCCAGUCAGGCCUUUCGUCACCAACGAGCAGCCCGUCUCCUUCACCGGCGUGCCCGGCCACUGAUCUCCGCUCAUCCCAUGCUACCCUGGUACUUUAAGGUGAUCUCAGCUACUGUUUGUUAGCGCUCAUGUCUGUUUUCACUGAUGGGAUUUCACUACCUAGACAUGUUCGGGGAAUCACGUACAUAGCGAUAACAUUUACAUACUAACUGCUGAGAUUCCACUAGAGAUGUACAGUCAGAUUAUCGGAGCCAGUCAGGCCUUUCGUCACCAACGAGCAGCCCGUCUCCUUCACCGGCGUGCCCGGCCACUGAUCUCCGCUCAUCCCAUGCUACCCUGGUACUUUAAGGUGAUCUCAGCUACUGUUUGUUAGCGCUCAUGUCUGUUUUCACUGAUGGGAUUUCACUACCUAGACAUGUUCGGGGAAUCACGUACAUAGCGAUAACAUUUACAUACUAACUGCUGAGAUUCCACUAGAGAUGUACAGUCAGAUUAUCGGAGCCAGUCAGGCCUUUCGUCACCAACGAGCAGCCCGUCUCCUUCACCGGCGUGCCCGGCCACUGAUCUCCGCUCAUCCCAUGCUACCCUGGUACUUUAAGGUGAUCUCAGCUACUGUUUGUUAGCGCUCAUGUCUGUUUUCACUGAUGGGAUUUCACUACCUAGACAUGUUCGGGGAAUCACGUACAUAGCGAUAACAUUUACAUACUAACUGCUGAGAUUCCACUAGAGAUGUACAGUCAGAUUAUCGGAGCCAGUCAGGCCUUUCGUCACCAACGAGCAGCCCGUCUCCUUCACCGGCGUGCCCGGCCACUGAUCUCCGCUCAUUCCAUGCUACCCUGGUACUUUAAGGUGAUCUCAGCUACUGUUUGUUAGCGCUCAUGUCUGUUUACACUGCGUCUGGGAUUCGACUAGAGAUGUACAGCGAUAAGAUUUAUUAGAGCGGCCAGUCAGGCCUUUCUUCACCAACGAGCAGCCCGCCUCCUUCACCGGAGUGCGCCCGCCCACUGAUCUCCGCUCAUGUGACCCUGGUACUUUAAGGUGAUCUCAUUCUUUCGUUUCGCUACGUAUGCGUUUUUCGUUGCAUUUUAACAUUCGAUUGGUUAAUUAAAUGCAUGCAACAAUAGACAGCAGUGCAACUUAAACCCUAUGCGAGUUCGACUAGAGAUAUACGAGGAACAGUAGACUUUACUUUUACCAAUGCUUUCUCAGUGCAGAUUUAGAGGGAAAUGUUAUGUCGUACAUAUUUUGUAUACAUCUCUCUCUGCAGUCUCUCCAUUGAGUUGGUUCGCACUGAUACUUAGCGUAGGUAAAGUGUCUACGAUGGUAAAACAUUAUGGCCAUCUCUACUUAUUUUAUGGCGAGCUUAACAUCCAUAGGACUCGAGCAGUCAAGCAAGCUUAAGGUCUUAUUGCCUAAAGUGAUGCUUUUUAAGAGUAACUUUAACAAAAUUGUGUCAUUUGUUAUCCAUUAAGACAUGAACGCUAACAAACAUUUUGUCCAGCAGUUUAUGUAGUAUGCUAGGGCGCUUUCAAUGAGUACUCUAUCCGUCAGGUCUUACGCCUGUACUGUUUCCCGGUUUUAAUUGUUUUAAACAUAUCAAUGAAAUAUAAGAAAUUAAACAUCGUAUUUUAUGUACCGGCUUGAAAACUUAAGGCCUUGAACAUAAUGAUACAUACUGUUUAAUUAUCGCUAUCUGUGAAUUUAUAUCCUCUAAAAAGACAAUUUCUAUAACUCAAUGUUAAAUUAUUAUUAACUUUAAUUUAUAUUUUAAAAAGUUACCAAGACUUGACGGCUAGCUUUUAUCGGCCACAUUUUUUAGCAUUCCUAAAGUUAGACAAGUUUUUAUAAGUUAUAUCUACAAUCACGUAGUCAUUUCCAAUAGCCCAUAGGGUGCAUCAAGUCCUCCAAAAACCAAUGCCAAAUAUACUCUGACAAAAUUUGCCACCCUUUUCUACUGAUGAAAAUGGCUUGCCACACUAUAAAAUGCCACUUUGUAGAUAGUGGCACCACACCCCCACGUGUCAGCUGUAUUUUCCAUGCUUAAACUGUAACGAAUAGACUACUAUAAAUGCCAGAAGGCCUAUGAUAGAGAUGUCUUAUGGUAUAAGAAAUAGCCUUUGAAAAGCAAUGAUACACAAUAUAAUUAAAAAGUAUUUUAACUGCUUGAUUAUUUUUUACCAAACUCACGAAAUAGGACUUCUUGGCAGCUGGCGAUAUCGGCGAUAUGUCCAUUCUAUUCUAUAAAGUAUGCAAAUGUUCAAGUGCUGUACGGUACUUUUUCAUAUUGUUUGAUAUAUUAUACUUAUUAAGUGAAUGAAAGAUUUGGUAGUGUUUUAUAGACGAUUGCGCGAGUAAAAGGAGGCUAAAUGUUUAUGUAUAAAAUGGUCAAAUUUCCGUACUUUAUACUCGGUUCUAUCAAAUGUUUAUAAAAUAUCAAUUUUUCUUCAUGUAAUAAACAUAUAACAUAGUGUAUGAUACAUGUUGCUUGUAGAUAUAGUUAUGUGAGAUUGUUUACAGUGUUCCAGCGUUAUAUAUAUGUACGUAUUCAAUAUGACUUCAGUAAAUAGGUAAAUAGUAUAAUUUAUAGAAUAAAUAUUUUAGGCUAGUUGCAAUUUAAUUACAUUAUUGUUAUAAAUGUGUGGAUAUCACAGUGAGAGAGAAAAGUAUUGUUUUACUUGCAAUAUUAAAUCCGCUUUUUUCUAAGACGAGUUUUUUUUAAAUUGUUUUUAUAAUUUUGAAGAAAGGUUCAAAUAACUGCCUAUACUUUUCUCUUUUAACUGUGUUUAUGAGGUUCAUAAAAGUAUUAAAAAUCGCAAUAACUUAAUGGACCAAACCAAGCCGUUGCGAUGUUGCCAACUUAUUGUAUUGGACGUUUUUUCGAACUUUCCGUAACUUUGUUAAAAUAAUGUCGAAAACAUUUGGUCUAAGAGACUGGUCCCACCAAAAGCGAGUAAGCGAAUUAAAUAUCGACUAUUUUAUCGAUAUCUAUACGAACUAUUUUUAAUCAGAAAUUUAUUGAUCUUUAUUAUAUAAUGUGUAAGCUUAUUAUUUAUUAUUUCA